CUCGUGCACGCGCUGUUGGCUAUAGUGCGCGCCCCCGCUGCGUAGCAACAAGAUGGCGGUCGCCGCCGGAUCAGGCGUUAAAGUUCCUCGCAACUUCCGGCUGCUGGAGGAGCUGGAAGAAGGUCAGAAAGGUGUGGGAGAUGGUACGGUGAGCUGGGGUCUGGAGGACGACGAGGAUAUGACCUUAACCCGGUGGAGAGGAGUGAUCCUUGGCCCUCCCAGGACGAGUUAUGAAAACAGGAUGUACAACCUGAAGGUGGAAUGUGGGCCAGGAUACCCAGACUCGCCGCCGUUUGUCAGAUUUGUGACGAAGAUCAACUUGAACGGCGUGCACACUUCCAGCGGCGUGGUGGACAUGCACGCUGUGACGGCGCUGGCCAAGUGGCAGAACUCCUACAGCAUUCGGCUGGUGCUGCUGGAGCUGCGACGGCUCAUGGCGUGCAAGGAGAACAUGAAGCUUCCUCAGCCGCCCGAGGGCCAGAUUUACGCCAUCUGAGCUGCUGCUGCUUCCUCCUUCCUGCAGUUCCUCUCCUUUCUUUUACUUCUCUGCUCUGUUUUAGUUUGAAUCUCUCACACACACAGACACACACACACACACACACACACACACCCACACACACCGCUGAAGGCUUAACGUACAAGAGCUGCUACAGUUGGACCCACGUGGACUCAUACCUACAUAAAACCUUCAAAACAUCAUUCGUGAACAUUUCUGACCCUCAGUUUCUCAUCUCUGGCUGCACCUGUCAGUUUACGUCAAAUACAGUCACUAAUCUUUUAUAAUUAUUCCACAAACUGCUGAUUGUACAACCAACUCCAUGUGUGUUGCCUUUGUAAUGGUAGAAAACAGCCACUCUGCAGAAUCCUGCACAUCUCCUCCAACGCAGGAGCCAGUCGUCUGUCAGGUGUACAUAUGAGGCCAGAACACUUCAUGCAGCACUCACUUGAUGUUUUGCUUCUCGAGUGCAUUAGUGAGUAGGUUUGGAACCCAUCGUGCACCGUCCAACAGAAUCUGAUGUAAGCAGACGUCCUGCAGGUGUGCUGGAGCUGAGGUGUCCCUCGUGGUCCCGUUUGACCUCGGAGCACAUCCCCGACGGUCCACCUGUCUUCGCAGCUUCGUGUGAUGUAAACACAAAUUGUUUAACUUCCUCCAUGUUUUUCAUAAAUUUUUAUUCAUGCUUU